UUUGUUGAUGUUCCUUAUGAGAUAAAAGCAUGAUAGGAUUUUGGACAUGAGAUGCGAUGCGAUGAAUCAACAGACAAAUCAACGCAUUUACAGGCGUAAUUGCCAUCAGUGCUAUUGGUUGCACAGGUUUAUCAGUGAUACGCGUAUUCAGGGCAGAAGUUAAUUCGAUGAUCAAUUCUACUCAUUGCGAAUUGAUUAAUUGCCAAUAUAGAACAGGCAAAUUAAUCACAAGCAAUGAUCGGAACGUUGAAAUGGACAGGAAAUGAUUGAUACUUUGUAUUUGACAUUUUCGACAAAUUUCUAGGAUUUUUCCGUGCUAUUUAGAUUUGGAAGAAGAAUGAGUGUGUUUUUGGAAAGAGGCCAAGGAGGAUUUAUCUGGCAUUAAUGGUGGCAAAGAAUGAAAUUUAUGGAAAAGUUUUCACAAUUUUCCACACUCAUAUUCCUUCGUGAGUGCUCCAGGUGUUUUUGGAGCGGCGACUGUGGAGUCUCAAAUGGGUCAGAGAGAAGGUGGAUCACCUGCACAGAUUAGGUCAGCGAGUCUAUUUCCCUUCGGCGAUGCCCUGCUAUCAGCCAACUUUGGGGCUGAGUGACCAGGGAGAGAGUGAAUGGGAAUGAGAGAGAGAGCAAGAGAGCGAACAUAAGAGUGGGACAAGUUCUCACUUGUCGAUUGUGAUAAUAAGAGCGCGAGACUCUUGAGGAGUUUGUCAGUAUUGAGUUGUUUGUUGUGAACGAUAAGUUGAUGUGUUGAUUGAGGAGCUUUGCGCUCAUUCACAGUUUCAUGACUUGUCCUGCAAGUUUCACAACGAAGAACCGCAGGAAGAGGACAAGAAGGAUUGUCGAAUUGAGUGGUGGAUGAAGAUGAGCUGUUGUGUGAAUUACUAGUGUUUCUUUGGACGAAAUAAUACAGUGAAGACAUGCUCUUGACGAGGAGUGUGGUGAGAAAAGUGUGGAAAAGCACCUUCAGUGUGCUCCUCGUGUGUUUGCUGAUGAUCCAGAAGUGUGCUGCUGGCUUCUCCAACUACACAGGCGAUCCCUGCCUGAGCGACAGUGACUGCAGCGAAUAUCGGCAGAUCUGCAACACAGACAUCGGCUUUUGUCAGUGCAACGAGUUCUCCACUCCUUACGAAUAUGCUCCAGGAAAGCAGUUGUGCAUGUUGUGUCCUGGCGAAGGACAGCCUUGCGAGGACAACUGUUGCUAUGGCGAAGACAUCUUCUGCAUUCACGACGUUUGCACGCAGUGCAAGAGGAAGGAAAAUGGGGGAUUCCUGUGUCCGAACGGUGGUCAUCUUAUCUUCGCCACCGCUUCUCAGAUCGCCCUCUCAGCCGCCCUGAUAAUCGGUAUCGCAGCCUUGGCCACGCUGCUCUUCCGGAUGUGCUCAAAGCGAUCACUGGCGGACAGACCGAGAAAUAGAGGAUUGUUGAGUGAGGACGACGCGAGAUUCUCUUCUGAACGCGCAUCGCUGUCCUCAAUUCAAAUCAGAAUCCUGCAACGAUUACGAGAUCGGCCGCCUCGCUACGAAACGCGCCACAACUACAAUUUCCGCUCACAAUCUCAGGACGCCGGCAUCGCGCCACCUUCUUAUGAUUCCACCGCGGCGCCGUCAACAGACACAGAAUUGCCACCAUCCUACACGAUCGCCAUCGGCGCUCCAGCCUUCGAUAAUAGCGGAUUCACCGGUGAAGGUGAAGCUGAGCGAUCCAGGAGCGCCGAUGCGCCAGACAGAAGAGAUCGCAACUCAGAGACGAGCAAAUCGCCAAUACUUGUAGAUGACGACAAAGCAAUACAUAUGUGAUGAAUGUCUUUCGUGUUCUAGCGUAAGUUUUUAAUACCAAAAUUAUUAAAAAGAGAGUGAUUUUUGUUAAGCAAAUGUUUUAUUGCUACGUGGAAGUGUUUUUUUUCUUGUGUGACUUUUUUUCCGCGUAAAAGUAGUGUUGAUAGUUUGUUAUCGAAAUAGAUCAAAAGUGUUUAGUUAUGAACUUCAGAUAUAUAUUUAAAAGGGUAAAAAUUCCAACUAAUAAAACAAACGAUUGAAUCUGCUUCACUGGAAAUACGUUCAAUUGCAAAUUAUGUGCUCAUUCGCGUCAUUUUACCUGAUAGCGUGAACUUCAAAUGGUUCGGAUUUCAGGAAAUACAAUUUCUCAAGCGAUAAAGUCAUAAAUUUUUUUUUCGAGAAGAAACAGUCCCGUUUGCAGUGUCAACAUUUCACAACUUAUCAAGACACGAAAGCGCGCUGUUGUUGGCAAUUGAUAGGAAAUGAGCGAUAGCGAAAGGUCCUUGAGAAGCACGCCCAGAGAAAGAAACCUUGGCAAUUUCUUCACUUUACUGUUUUCAUUUUUUAAUGACGAAUUAUUUACAUGGCGAUGACUUACACUUAAAUCAAUUGUUAAACUUAUCAUUUUUUUUGUAUGUGAUUUUCUUUCUUUUUUUUCUCAUCUCUUCAUCGUCAAAGGAAAUAUUAUACACUCCUACAAUAUUCUAGGGUUUCUUCUUCAUAUGCCAUCAUCAUUAACUUUAACACUAAAUUGUUGUUUCAUUGAUCUUUUAAUCUAGAGAACUUCUUAUAAGAGUUUAUAGUAGUUGUUUCACUUUUCUUCACUUCUUCUUUUUUCCUAUUUUUAAUGUGUAUAGUUAUGCAUUUUUUUCUUCACUUGAAUCAUUAAUAAUAAUUAUUAAAAGUUCUAAUGUAAAUUAGUUACAUGACUCUCUAGAUUUUUUUUUCCUUUUUGUCUCUCACAGAAAAAAAACUAUAAACAUCUCCACAGAUUUUAUCAUUCGGUUUGAGAAUUCAUUCAUGAUUGAUUGGAAUUUUUUUUUCCCUGACGCAAUCUGUGGAGAAAAUUUGGAAGGAGUCACAAUGUUUCUUUUACAUGUUCACAAAAAUUUAGUUGAUUUUUAUCCACAUUUUUUUUUGUUUUGUUUUACUUUCAAAUACCAAUUUUAUUCUUUGUUCUUCAUCAUGUUUUUCUUUCUUUCUGUCUCUUGGUCAUCUACAAAUCUAAAUAGUUUUUUGCCAAUUAUGUUUUCAGAUAAUUUUUCCUUCGAUAUUUUCUCACAUUUUUCUCCCCUACUUUUUUUUGACAGUGUGUGAAAACACAAAAAUAAAUCAAAUUUGACAUUUUCCUUGUCUAUUUUGCCUUUUUUUUCAAAUGAUUAUGAAGUGGUGUAAUUCAAGAGAAAAACAAUCGAGUUUCAAUUAAUUUUCCAAUGUUUUGUGGGUCUGAAAAAAUCUCACAUGGAAGUCGAUGACCUCUUCUUUUCUCCUCUUCGAAGGAUUAAUUCAAAAAAAUACAAAAUAAGAGGGAAAUUAAUGAACAAAAUUAAUGCGAAUGCGAGCGCGAAAUAGAUUAUUGGUUGUUUUCACAUAUCACAGAACAUGUAUGGCAUAAUUACUUAUUUUAUUCUCAUUUUAUUUCCAUUAUCUCUUAAAAGUUUCACUACUUGAUUAAUUGUGUUCAAUUAGUAGCUUUCUGUCGGUAUUUCAGUGGCUUUUUUUUUAUGUCUGCUUCAGUUAUUUCACUUCCUUCACAAAUCAUUCUUUAAAACCUUUUUU